UCAUGUAACUCCCAUUUGUCUCAGAACUGUCAACUACUUCCGCUUUCCCUUCCCGCAAACUUCAACUUCCACUCCCCCUUCGCCUCACAAACCCACCGGAACCAGUUACACCGCCGCGAUUAAUGUCGACCAGCAGUUUCCGUCGGAGAAUUCCUGCUAUUUCUCGUCUCACUAACAAGUCGUGCCGGAAUCUCUCUCCGUCUCCCCACCGGAAAACUCCCCCGAUGAAUCGCGCUCCUUCUCUGUCCUCCAAGUUAUCCAGAUGCUCAUCGGAUCCCCAGUUUUGGACCGCCGCCGCCGCCAGUGGAGAUGAUCGGAAUAUGACGUCUGAAAAGGAAGGGGAAGAGGUUAUUAUUUUCCGUCCUCAUACGUUUUCGGAAGCCUUUGCUUCAUCCCCUCUGUUGAUUCCUUCCCCCGCUCAAAUCGUCGAGGGCUACAAGAAAGACGCCAAGGUAGUGAUCAAUGUGACUGUUGAAGGGAGCCCUGGGCCAGUACGAGCCAUGGUUAAACUCGGAUCCAGCGUGGAGGAGACGAUCAAGCUUGUUGUUGCUAAAUAUAGUGAAGAAGGAAGGACUCCAAAACUUGAACGAGAUUCAGCAUCUUCCUAUGAAUUGCAUCACUCAUAUUUCAGCCUCCGGAGUCUUGACAGGGCAGAAAUAAUUGGAGAAAUUGGUAGCAGAAGCUUCUAUCUUCGAACCAGCAAUAGCUCUCAUGCCAAAAAUGGCGGAGAAUCAGCUGGCUGCACUCAAGAGAUUACCAAAGAAACCAUAAUUGCUUCACCAAUUCCUCCUGGGUUCUUGCUUUCUAGCUUCAUUGCAAGGAAAAUGGGCAAAAUUGUAAGAAGAACAAGAAGGCUCUGGAACUUCAUAAUCUGCGUGAAAUGAGUCUAACCCCAAGAAUUAGACAUGUUUCUGAAGAGUAACACAGAAUAUUAAAUAUGUCACUCUUUUCUGUAUUGUAUCCUCUCUUUUUUUUCUUGUCCACCAAACCCUUAGAUUUAUAGGAGGGGAAGCCUAAAACAUCUUCAAAAUAAACUGUACAUAGUAUAUAGCAUAUUAUUCUUAUUUAUAGACAUUGUACUGUUGCAAGAUUGUAAUGGUAUAUAGAAAGUGAGUUCUAUACCAAACCUUUUAUUCACA